CUCCUGGCAGUCAGGCCCAGAAGCACAAUGGCCUGUAGGCCAGGAGGAUCAGCUACAGGGAGGGGUAAUCCAUCCCACGUCAGAGAACCCUUCCUGCAGAUGGUCCGGGCGAGUGAGCCUCUCCGGACCCACUGCACGUGGGCACAGCGUGAGUUUCUCCUCCCUGAUGAGACCUGGGAGUUGCCCGGCUUCACGCCACAAACCUACCACCGGCUGGCCCUGAAGCUGCCACCCCACACAGACAUGAAGUCCAAGGUGCGCCACCAACUAAACCACCCUAGGAAGAAUGAAGUUGAGCACACCUGGGGCUUUCACACAUGGCUUGACGUGGGACAGCUGCCCGCCACCUUUCCCACCAGGCCCGACAGGCCCUAUGACAGCAAUGUCUGGCGCUGGCUGACAGACUCCAGGGCCCACCGCCGGCUCCCAGCAGAGCCCUGCAUCCCGCCUCCCUCCUGGAUGGGCCAAAACAGCCUUCUAACUUUCAUCAGCUGUAAUCCUAUCUUCUUGGACAUGAAAAGGAAGAACCAGGUGAUUCUCAGGACAGUGAAGGAGCUGAGAGAGGUGGAGAAACUGAAGCUGAGGAGUGAAGCAAGGGCACCUCCCCUCGACACCAAUGGGAACAUCCUGCCGCCAAAGGACUUCAAGAAGUACCAACACAUCUCAGCUGGUGGAAGGAUUGAACCCCUCAGCCUCCAUCUCCUCCCCAACCCACUUCCCAAUAAUUUUGCCAGGAGCUGGCCCUGCCCGAACCCUGUGCCUCAUUACCAAGAGAAGGCACUAAAGCUGGCCUUGCUGCCAAGGGCACCCCUGACACAGGACCUCGUGAGGAAUUACCAAACCCUGAUAGAGGACCGCAUUGCCUUGCCCCUCCACUAUCUCUCCAAGGGACAGCCAAGCAAAGCUUUUUCAAGGAAGAGAAAGAGAAGAUCUGGACAUAACUAGAAAACCCUCCAGAUGGAUGGGGACCGUGGCGGGCUCACAGACCCCUAGGCUCCAGUGCUCUCAACCAAUGUUCCUUAAGCAAGAAGGCUUCGAGGUGGCUGAAGGACUCUGGCCUCUGCAGAACAGAGCCUCUCCACCAACCCCUCCAAUUUCAAGCCAUCUUUGUAGUCCAGACUCUUUGAGAUGCUACCGAAACUCUAAAUUGUUAUGUCUUCCUUGGAGGACUCUCUCAUAACAAGUGGGAGGAAUGGGGGAAGGGAGUGGGGAGAGCAGAGUGGGGACCCCAUCCUAGGGACAGAACGAGGAGUGGGCAGGAAGAAUGUGUGUGGUGGGGGAGGCCUGGGGAAGAGGCACUCUAAGAAGUGUGGGUAAGAAGUUACCUCCUACUCCCAUGGCCCACUGGAACAAGACUGGGAUUGGUCAGAGUACAGGAAGCUUUCUAGGCAAAAAAAACUUCAAUUCCACCCCUCCACGGACAAUCUAAUGUCUGGGCAAAGACUGGAAGCAACUCUGUUGUGUUACAGGUCCUACACAGGGUUUGGGGUAGCAGGGUCAGGCCAAGGCUGGUGCCAGAGGAUGGCAGAGUUUAAGUUUGAGGAAGGCUGACCAGGUCUCCCAUAACAGACAGGAGAAGAACACAGGUAAAGGUCAGACUGGUUCCCUGGAGCAUACGUUAGGGCCUUGGGUCUGUGCUGCAGGUGACCCAGAUUCCUCAGCUUUACAAUGGGGUGUCAGGGACAAGUGGCCUAAAAUGGGAGCAGGCAAACCGUAUCAGUCAGAAAAGGUGCUGCCGCAAGUUGGGUGGAGAUGAGGUAGGGAAGGGCCUGCAGGAGACAAGGUGGAGGUGGCAGCGGGAGGCAGCUGGGAAGCCUCUGAAGAGAAAGCCGCCUCACCUUUUCUUGUCCCCGUCAAACCCCAAGUCUUCCCCGGUGGGGCUUCUCUUGGCCUCCUCCCCACUGCCUCUUUGUCUCCACCCUUCUCAAGCCCUGCAGGUACCUGGGAAUCAAAAUACCACAGGGCUCCAAUCCUGGUUAACCAUCUACUAACCAGCUACAUGACCUUUGGGAAGGUUGUUGGUCCCCUCAGGUUUUCAGUGUUUUCAUGUGCACCCAGGAGCCACUAGGAUAUAAAUUAGUGGAAUAAGUAAAAUCACAUAAGUGAGGUCCCUGAAAAGUGGUCCCUAGCACAUUGUAGAUCCUCCAUAAAUAAAGCUAUGAACCAUUGCCCCUAGAAUAAAAGUAAAAAAUGAAUGGAAUAUUAUAUAUUCAUAAAAAGGAAUGAAGUACUGGUCCAUGCUACAAUUGUAAAUGAACCUUGAAAACAUUGGUACUGCACCCAAGAAGCCAGAAAAGGCCACUUAUUGUUAACUCCAUUUAUACAAUCUCUCUAGAGGCAGGCAAAUCCAUAGAAACAAAAGGUAAACUGAUAGUUGCCAGGUGCUGGGAAAGGAGAAAAUGAGGAUUGACAGCUUAAUGGGUUCGGAGUUUGAGGAUGAUGAAACUAGAUAGAAGGAAUGUGGUUACACAACACCACGAAUGAGUGAAAUGCAACUGAAUUGUUUCCCUUAGUGGUAAAUUUGAUGUGUAUUUCAUCUCAGUUAAAAAUAAUUUUAUGCCCCAGCUGGUCUGUGCUCA